CCGGUCCGGGGCCGCCCCCCGCCCCGCCCCUGCCGGCCGGGGUUCCCGCACGGCUUGCACUACGACCCCCGCGCAUCUGUGAACAUGGCGCUGCGAGCCGUGCGGAGCGUGCUGGCUACGGCCUGCAGCUUGCGCGUCACGUCCGCGCCCACUGCACCCUGUCUGCUGCGGCCCUGGGGACUGAGGGCGGGUACCGUCCGGACACUGCGCACAGGCUCGGCUCUGCUCUCCGUGCGUAAAUUCACAGACAAGCAUGAAUGGAUAACAACAGAAAAUGGUAUUGGAACAGUGGGAAUCAGCAAUUUUGCACAGGAAGCUUUGGGAGAUGUUGUUUACUGUAGUCUGCCUGAGGUCGGGACAAAACUGAACAAACAAGAGGAGUUUGGUGCUUUGGAAAGUGUGAAAGCUGCUAGUGAACUCUAUUCUCCUCUGUCAGGAGAAGUAACUGAAAUUAAUGAAGCUCUUGCAGAAAAUCCAGGACUUAUCAACAAAUCUUGUUAUGAAGAUGGUUGGCUGAUCAAGAUAGCACUCAGUAAUCCUUCAGAACUGGAUGAAUUAAUGAGUGAAGAAGCAUAUGAGAAAUACAUAAAAUCUAUUGAGGAGUAAAAAUGGAACCCCUAAAUAAACUAGUAUGAAACAA